AUGGCGGGUUCUAAUGAUGUCAGCACCAUUAACGAGGAUAGCAGGUCGCCGGGGAACUCCGUGGUGGAACAACUCACUCAGGGGGACGCAAAUUUGGUACUCUACGCGGAUGAUGCUACGGUUCUUCUCGGUGGCUCGGAUAGUGAUGUGGACCUACGAGCAUCUUCUUCCCUCUGCCUCUCCAAUCUGUACAACGCUCCUCAUGCAACCUUGGAAGGUAUGAUGCAAGCUUUGAUGGAACAGGUGGCUGCUCUGAUUUUAGAAGAUGCGGAGAAGAGUGAAGGACGGGGGAUUCAUGUGCUAGUGCUGAACCAGGCGACUGGUAGUGUCAUGGCCCAACGGAUCUUCGAUACGUAUUCUCCGCAUGAAGACGAGGCCAUGGCUCUCUUCCUCAAUAUGGUGUCCGAUGGCAGGAUUAUCAUCUUUUCGAUCAAAGAUGAGGGAACGUUUCAAAUGAAGCAACCAGCACGUGAGCUACUACACCGACUGGGAUCGCGCCGCGCACAACUCAUCUCCUGGCGUGACAUGUGGGCGAUGGUCGCGCAGAAGGCUGUCAGGAUGUAUGGGGAAUCUUUCAGCAAGAGCACUGACUUCAAUACAUGGGGAGCAUCAGUGCUGUUGAGAGCACAGGUGCCUCUAGUCUCCGUGGAAGAGAGUGAAUGUGAGUGGGAGCAGACAGAAGAGAAUGUACGCCGACAAGAGUUUUGCAACCACAUAGAGGGUUAUGGCAGUGUCUGUAGCUGCUCCGAGCCAGCUCUCCUCACAUUUGACCCUCAGCCUAUAGAAGACAGCAGAGUGUCCAACGUGCCGGUGGCUAUUAUUGCCAGCAACAGACCCCACUAUCUCUACAGGAUGCUUCGGUCACUACUGUCAGCGAGGGGUGCCAACAAAGAGAUGAUCACAGUGUUCAUCGAUGGUUACUUUGAAGAACCUCUAGAGGUGACCAAGUUGUUCGGUCUGAGAGGGAUCCAACACACACCAAUCGGCACCAAGAACGCCCGAAUAUCGCAGCACUACAAGGCAUCUCUCACCGCCACAUUCAACAUCUUCCCCACCGCUCAGUAUGCGAUCGUUCUCGAGGAGGAUUUGGACGUGUCUGAAGAUUUCUUCAGCUUUUUCAGCCAGACUGUGGAAUUGUUAGAGAAGGACUCGACACUGUACUGCAUCUCUGCUUGGAAUGACCAAGGCUACGAACAUUCGAGCAGUAACCUCAGUAUGCUUUAUCGUGUAGAGACGAUGCCUGGUCUUGGGUGGCUACUCAAACGCUCCUUGUACAAGAGUGAACUCGAACCCAAUUGGCCCUCCCCCGAGAAAAUGUGGGACUGGGACAUGUGGAUGCGGAUGGCUGAGGUACGCAAGGGUCGAGAGUGUAUUGUGCCCGAGGUCUCCAGGACUUACCACUUUGGCUCCUCCGGCCUAAACAUGAACUCCUACUUCCAAGAUACUUACUUCAAGACUCAUUCUUUUAACACUCAACCAAAUGUAAAUUUUGUUAAUAUUGAAAGUGUGCUACGAGACAACUACGAAGAACAAAUACUAAGACUGAUUACCCACGGAACAGUGCUGGACCACAGCAAAUCUCCCUGUGAAGACGACUUUGUACCGGACAAGAAGAAUGAAGUAUUCCUUAUGUUUAUCAAAAUGGAAGACUCAAAGGAUUUCCGAACUUGGCUUCAAGUUGCUAAGUGUUUCAAGAUAUGGGAUCUGGAUGCGCGUGGCUAUCACAAGAGCAUGUGGCGUAUGCGACUCAAGGGUAGUGAGUUGCUCGUCAUAGGUGUACCCAACUCGGAAUACUCAAAGUACAAACCCAACAACAUAACCCCAAUAUACCUGGAGCCACAGAGAGUGAAGGCCAGGGAGCCAUGAGCCACCAUCAUCGGUCUUCCGUUCUAGUCAUCAGUGCCAGUUUGUAUAUUUUAUAAUUUAAUGUUUAUGUGAAUUGACAAUAACAUCAGAUGUAAAUAAGAUUUUUUGUAUUAUAUAGUAUACAAUAAAAAACUAAUACUACAAUACAGGUUAAAUAAAUAUUAGUCAGGCUUGUAAACAUUUUUUAAAUGUUUGUGAAAAAGUGUGUGUUAUGUUGGAAAUUUGUUUUUGAAAAUAAAUUUAUUUGAUUGAUUGAUUGAUUGAUCAGGCGUCUGAUCUGAGUACAUGAUGGACGUGGCCUUGCUGAAGACAGUAGUAUUAGGGUGUAGUUCUUUCAACAUUGCCUUUUUUUUAGCAAAUGACAACUUUUUAGCCAAUCAAGGAGGACUACAUUGUCUCUCUAUAUUAAAUACAACUUUGGAAUUCUACAGAGAUUUCCUUUUUCUACGUUCUCUCCUUGAUCGUUUUGGUGAUGUAUUUUUUUUUAUCUCUCGUCUUUGGAACUCUGACGAGAUUUGUUUCAUGGCUUUUAUUUUAAGUUGGGGUACAAUGGUUUGUGCUCAACACUUUGUAAAUGUAGAUGGCUGUACCAACCUCAUCGGGCUUUUAACACACAAAUUUUAUGCUGGAGUAACAUGUCCCUUUUUCUACGUUCCCACCUUGAUCGUGUUGGUGAUGUAUUUCUUUUAUCCCUUAUCUUUGGAACUUUGACGAGAUUUGUUACAUCAGUUUUUUUUCAGUUGGUGUAAAGUGUAAAUUUCGGCUUUUUAAAUUGGGCAAUAUAGGACCUGUACGCCCCCCACCCCUUAACCUCUAGGUUUAGUAAGCCUGAUUAAGUUUUUUGUUUAACUUGUAUUGUAAUAUGUACUUAAUA